ACGAAAAAUCUGACAUUAAUGAUAAUGACUCUAUUAAAGAUGUCAAAUAUAGUGGCGUAACCCACCAGGAUACACGGAAAUUAAGCAUCAAAUCAUCCGCCUAUACUAUGAUGAGACCUUCAGCAUCCAAUGGCAGACCAAAGAAAAUUGAUUGGAGUAAUCGUGAAUUUCACCAUAGAAGGUUGACGUCUACCUCUUCCAACGGUCGUCGUAUGGAAACUGUGGGUAGUAAGGGUGACAAAAAAAUCAAAGGACAUUCGCAUCGGGAUGACACGCCACGCGAACGAAAUUUUGACACUUCUACCCAUACUUCUGAUUAUCAUCACACUCCAAAACCAAUAACCGAUAAUUACGAUAAAGAACCUCGUUCAAAACGUCAGAGUGAUAUUUCGUAUUGUACAGGUGAAUCACGAAAUGAAACGGUGAAAAACUCUUCAGACAUAACUCGCUAUUUUAUUAUGAAGAGUCACAACCACGAAAACGUCCAGAAAUCACAAAUAGACGGUGUCUGGGCCACACAGCCUAUUAACGCUAGUGUAUUAAGUGAUGCCUUUAGAAACUCUAAAAGAGUUAUUUUGAUUUUUUCUGUGAAUAAUAGCCGACAUUUUCAAGGAUUCUGCUUAAUGGAGUCUGAUGUAGGUACUAUAAAACAUGCAUCAUGGACAGAUAUUAGCGGAGCUUCUCUUGGCGGAAACUUUAGUGUCAGAUGGCUAAAAAUCGGUAAUUUGUCAUUCGAACGAACCCACAAUAUUCGCAAUCCCUGGAAUGAUAAUAAACCUGUAAAAAUUAGUCGAGAUGGACAGGAGCUUCCCGAAAGUAUUGGCGAUGAAUUAUGUAGCCUUUUUGAUUAUACUUCAGCCAAAGUAGAUUCCGUCUCGGAUGUAAAUAUUGACAAAAAUAAGUCAUAUAAGGAGUCUUCAAGACGUUUGGAAUCCGGAAGUGGCGGCAUAGAUAGGUAUAGACCAUAUAGUACCCCUAGUACGUCACGUACAGAUAGACUACGUGAGCGUAGUCAACUUGAUUCAUUAGAAUUUAACAGAAUGCGACUGAACCGAAACAUGCAACUUGGAGAGCACGAUCGUUUUAUGUCUCACUCGGGACAUUUUGAUUCACCAUACGAACCUGUUCCGCCCUUCUAUCGACCAUCUGAUGCCUGGCAGCGCCCAUUAGGAUCUCAAUCUUACACCCAUAGGAAUCAUACAAAUUAUUAUGGCAGAUCGUCAGGUUUUGAUAGAGAAUUUCGUUAA